GCUGUUUGGUGUGUUUGGGCGCCCCGCGUUUCGCCCGGCCCGCUUUUUUUCGCGUGCCAUGGGCUCAAUGCCUUGAUCGAGCCGCGAGGCCAUGAGCGCCAUUUGGUGCGGCUGUCAAUCAGGCAUUUGCGCGGCUGCCAAGGGCUCCAAGGAGCGGAUCUCCGUCGCGACGACCAAGUCGUUUUGCUCGACCAGAUCCACGGAGCGUGCUUCCACACCACGUACCGCUUCUUCUCCCAAGAGCCAUGAGGAGACACCUGACAAGUCCCCGGACAUCGACGACGAAGUGUCGAAGAUGCUGAGCCGCUUCCGCGGCGCUGCUCUGCGAAAGCCCGUCAUUCAGCGCUUGGGUGCUGGCCAAUACGACGUGGACGGCCGCUUUGUGAGGAUCAGCCGGAGCGAAGACCAAUCCUUAGUCGUCCACGAGGACUGCGGCAUCCAAAGCAAGGUAGACUUUGAAACCUACCUCGAGCAGGCUGCCUAUGUCGCAGCUUCUCUCACUGGUGUCGCAGAGGGCGCCCCAGCCGUGGCGAGGCUUCCACAGGACCAGCGCCUCACCUUCCGCCUGCCCAAGGAGGCCUUGCCCCGAAUCCAGUGCAUGCAGCUGGCCUGUGAGCAAGCGCGGCUGCGCGCUGAAGCAGUGCAGGCUGUGACUUUGCCGAAGUGAGAAAUCAGCUGAGGCAAUAUGAGGCGGAAGGCCCAAAAGAGGCCCAGGAAGUCCUGCCAAGGUCUGAUAGCUUCGAUCACUUUCCCAUGUAGGCGGGGCUGAGUGCAAGCGUGGACAUGACAUGACAUGACAUGCCCUCGUUGGUCUUGGCCAUUGGUUUUCCAUAGGGAACUCGAAUGGCAGAGACACAAGAGGAGGCUUGCCUUUUUUUCC